AUGUCGAAUGCCUUCCUAUUUCGCUAUAGUAUGAGGAAGAGAGAUCCACAAAAGCCAAGGCUCAUAAAGAGUUUUCAUACGCCCUUCACUCCCAUUGGAAGAGGGGAAGCGCAGGCGAAAGGCCUAGUCGCCAAAAUAACUCUCAAGCGACUGAUCGGGAUGUGCUGCCUUUCUCAAAAAACAACUAGCGUUCAUCGGUUUUGGGUUUCUUGCCUUCUGACCAAUAUACAUUCACUUCACAAAAACGCUAUUGCCUUGGCGUGUUACUUAGCUAAAUCUGAGUAUAGUACUGUUGCUAUAAUUGAGAGUUGGCUCAAAUCUAAGAUCCUAGUAGAGUCACUUUUGGGGAUCUUUGUCUGGCUACAUUAUUUCCAGACUUUGUUUCCCAGCCUGGUUUUCUCUGAAAGCAUAGCGGAUGGUUAUGAGACCCUGGCUCUCGAUCUUCAUUGUUCUGAAUCUUCGUUUGGACUGAUUUCAGGGCAUGGAACCCUUAAGUGUGGUUCAGAAAAGACUAAACAGAUGACUGAAUGUAUAAGUGAUCUUACUUCAUGUCAGGCCACCUGUCUCCCUAUGGGAGAUUCCAACUUUUCCGAUAUAGCGUGA